AUGAACAGGCACUUCUUGCUGCUCGUCUCCCUCUUCUGCCUCAUUGUGGAAGCAACAACACUGAAGUGUACAACAUGCCACCUCCGCACACAGUCAGACCAUUGCAGAAGAGGCUUUGGUGUUUGCCUUGCUCAGAAGCACGAAACAUGCAUGAGCUUGAGGAUCUACUCCAAUGGCUCUCUCCAGACCUCAUACAUGGUGUGUCAGAGAUUCUGCAAGAAUUUGGCAUACAACUUCAACAAUCGAACUUAUAUUCAUAAAUGUUGCAACUAUGAUUUUUGUAACUUCAGACUUUAA